CCAUUCCAUCUUUUCUUACGUUUCUUCCUUUUUCCUCUUCUCACUGGUACCUUCUACCGCUUCCCCAUCUUCUCUCCUCAGACAAAAUGCUGUCCAUAUCCUCAGCUGCAAAACGCUCGGCGGGAGGUCUAAGACGACAGCUCGUUGCCCGAUCGUUCCAUAACUCUCAACCACGCUCUGCUCUCACAAAAUUCUCAAUGCCCGCCAUGUCCCCUACCAUGACAGAAGGUGGGAUCGCUUCGUGGAAAAAGAAAGAAGGAGAGACUUUUACAGCUGGAGAUGUUCUGGUAGAGAUUGAAACGGAUAAAGCUACUAUUGAUGUGGAAGCUCAAGAUGAUGGUAUUAUGGUGAAGAUCAUUUCCGAAGACGGAGCCAAGGGUAUUCAAGUCGGGACUCCCAUCGCUAUCAUCGCCGAAGAAGGUGACGAUCUAUCAGGUGCUGAAGCAAUGGCAAAAGAAGCUGCUUCUGCUCCCUCUCCCGAACCCACUCAAGAAGAGUCUAAAGAGGAAAAACCGAAAGACAGUGGGAAAGCUGUGACUUCUCCAGUAGAGACUCCUGGAGAUCAAAGUGGACUGGCUUCGAAAGAUCCUCAAACUUCACCGCAGAAAGCACCUGAGAAGCCUGGGGAAGGAGAGAGACCUAAAUUCUUUGCUAGUCCAUUGGCGAGGAAACUCGCUUUGGAAAAAGGUAUUCCUCUGGCUGAGAUCAAGGGGACUGGACCAGAUGGUCGGAUCGUCAAGGCCGACGUCGAGAAAUACAAACCCGCCUCUUCUACCGCCACCACCCCCACUUCAGGAGCCACAGCCACCCCUGGGAAACCCGCGCCAGCAGCUUCAGCCGAAUACGAGGAUAUUCCUACUACCAACAUGCGCAAGAUCAUCGGUAAACGCUUAACUGAGAGUAAACAGCAAUUGCCGCAUUACUACCUGACCGUGGAGAUCAACAUGGAUCGCAUCCUUAAACUACGAGAGAUGUUCAACAAAGCCGGUGAAGGAAAGACCAAGUUGAGCGUCAACGAUUUCAUUGUCAAAGCUGCCGCUUUAGCACUUGCCGAAGUACCCGAAGCGAACUCUGCAUGGAUGGGUGAUUUCAUUCGACAAUACAAACGUGCGGAUAUUUGCGUAGCCGUAGCGACACCAACAGGUCUAAUCACACCUAUCAUAAAAGAUGUCGGAUCAAAAGGUCUCGCAACCAUUUCCACCGAAACUAAAUCACUCGCUUCCAGAGCAAGAGAUGGCAAACUCAAACCAGAGGAAUAUCAAGGUGGUACUUUUACCAUUUCCAAUUUAGGAAUGUACGGUGUAGAUUCAUUCACGGCAAUUAUCAACCCACCUCAAUCUUGUAUCCUAGCAGUGGGACAAACAUCUCAAGUAUUGAAACCUGAUUCGAGCGAGGAAAAAGGUUUCAAAGUCGUCAAUGUCAUGAAAGCUACUUUGAGUAGUGAUCAUAGGACUGUUGAUGGUGCAGUGGGAGCACGGUACAUGAAGGCUUUUAGGGAAUAUAUGGAACAACCUUUGACUUUUAUGUUGUGAGGUGGUUUUAUGAAUAUAUCUACAUUGGGUUUUGUGUUCUUCACAACUGAUGGAUUUCGUUCACAAUGAUGUGCAUCUUUACUUCCCAUCACUGCAUCAUGGGUAUGCGAGUGAGAAGUGGGAGCGAUUUGAUAAUCUCACGGAGACAAGUGGCAACAGGGGUUUAGAGGAGAAGGGAGGUGCGAGUGAGAACUCGAGGGUGAUAGGUGUGACCAGGAACAAUCUCAUUUCCAAUCUGAAUGAAUUUCAAGUAGUAUUUC